CGUGGAGGGAAUAUAGAAACAUCCGCAACUAACAUAUGCAAAUAGUCCACAACCCUCCUGCUCCCAGCACAAGCAGCGCACCAGCUACAAUCUUAGCUGCCAGCAGCACCAAGCCCGCUACCACUGCGGCGCCAUUGACCUCAACCUCCGUUGUCGUCGUCGUGCCCACUCCGGUUGCUCAGACUUGCCCGACCACGGGUGUCUACACAUUCCCGGCUACCACAGUCACCCUGACUGAGACUACCACCGUCAUCGCCGCCUCCACCACUGCGGUCCCCAGCGGUACUCACACUCUUGGUGGUGUCACAACCGUCGUCACAACCGCGACCACCGUGACCUGCCCGUACGCCACCGUUUCUACCAGCGAGGGCGUCACGACCAGCGUCAUCAAGACCACCACCUACGAGUGCCCCUCCGCCGGUACUUACACCAUCGCUCCCACCACUGUGACUGCCACCAAGGACACCACCGUUGUUGUUCCCGUUGUCAGCACCUACUGCCCUGGCACCUACACACAGCCCGAGCUGGUAACCACCAUCACCGAGACUAGCACCGUCGUCUACUGCCCCUUUGACAUCCCGGUCACCACCACUGUGUCUCUCACCACUCCCGUUGCCACCUCUUCCGCUGCCACCACACCUGCUGCCACCACCGCCUAUCCCACCUCGACGGCUGUUGCUAUCUCCUACCCCGUUGCUAGCGCCUCCAAGACCUCGUCUUCUGCCACCUCCAAGCCCACCGGCAGCUUGACUGGAAAUGGCUCCGCCCCUUGGGCCAUUACCUACACUCCCUACGACUCAAACGGCCAGUGCAAGACUGCUGAUGCUGUCAAGACUGACAUCGCGGCCAUCGCCGCUUCCGGUGUCACUGCUGUCCGUGUCUACUCCACCGACUGCGACACCCUCCCUAACGUUGGUGGCGCCUGCGCCGACCACGGCCUCCGUAUUAUCCUUGGUAUCUUCAUUGACCAGGUUGGUUGUACUGCCAAGCACCCUACCGUUGAGGCUCAGAUCAGCGCCAUCAAGGAGUGGGCCAACUGGGACAUUGUUGAUCUUAUUGUUGUUGCCAACGAGGCCAUUUUCAAUGGAUACUGCACCCCCUCUGAGCUUGCUUCUCUGAUCAGCGAGUGCAAGUCCGAGUUCUCUGGCUACACUGGCUACUUCACCACCACCGAUACCGUCAACAUUUGGCAACAAUCUACCACCACUGACGCCCUUUGCGACGUUAUCGAUAUCGUUGGUGCUCAGGCCCACGCUUACUUCAACACCGAGACUGUUGCUGCCGAUGCCGGUAAGUUCGUUCGCGGACAGCUGGACAUUGUCAACGCCGUCUGCCCUGGCAAGGAAGCCAGAGUUCUCGAGACCGGUUGGCCCUCGGCCGGUAUCUGCAAUGGCAAGGCUUGCGCCGGUACUGCGGAGCAAGCCGAGGCUAUCGCAUCACUCCUUUCUGAGGUCAGCCAGGAGUCUGUCUUCUUCUCGCUUACCGACGACGAGUGGAAGGAUGGCAACACUGACUGCAAGUGCGAGCAGCACUGGGGGUGCAGCAGCGCCCUUGGUCUCAGCGGCCUUACCUCAUAAGCGAUAAAAAAAAAACAUUAGAAAACGCUUUGCCAGAAGCAUCCACUACCCUCACGCAUUGUUUCGUACAUGAUCAUCACGUUCUUCUUUUGCAUCAUCUUGGACAUCCUUUUGGUUAUAUAUGGGACAGCGCGCGGCGUGAAACGGUUGGGUAUCGACACUCGGGAGGAAAUGAAGAGAUAAGAGCCAUCGUCAAGUAUUUAUAUCGCCGCGGCGUUGUUGGUUACUUUCUCCGCCUCCUCCAUCUGGGUCUUCGGGUGUUUCCACAAAUAAGGGCGGGCUGAGGUUAAGCUUUGAAUACACAGCAUUACGUGCCAAAAUCCCCUGGCCAGUCAAAUUAGGGUCUGAUUCUUAAUGUUGUAAUUUAUUAGUAUCUAUUAUGGAUGUCGCCGUUCGCAAAGAUCUUUUCUACUGUC